AUGCUAGCUGGACUGAGCUCAAAUGAUAAGACUAAACUGUACCUGGACGGUUACACUGCCGCCGACUUUGCCUACCUGAAUUGUGCUACCGGACAGCAGCAGCAACAUCUGGACUACCACCACCAGGACGUGACUCGCUUUCAGGCGUGGAAGUCCUGCCUCUCAGUGCUCGGAAUUCCCUUCCUCGAUGUGGUGCGCGUCCUCGCCGCCGUCCUCCUUCUGGGCAACAUUCAGUUUGACCAACAGGAACAGAGCAACAGUUCGAAAGACCAGCACAGGCAUAACACUCAACUGGAUUUUAACGAGCCAACGAGCUCUUCAGGACAGAAGAAGGAGCUGCAGGCGGUGGCCAAUCUGCUGGGCGUCUCUAGCACCACCUUGUACAAGG